CGAUGCGUCAAUCUGACAUCAAUUGUCAAAAAGUUUUAAGAUCCAAAGUUUGCAGAUCGGCAGAUGGUCGUGAAAAGUGUUUUAUAAUUAAAUUUCGUCAAGAUGAAUAAGUGGUGGAAUUGGGUGUUGGGUUUUGCGUUAUUUUGUCUAUUAUUUGUUGCCAUUCCUCUAUCUGUGUCUAAAAAUAAAACCAAAGAGCAGCUAAAGCCCAUGUUCGACCAAUAUAUUCAAAAGUUUAAUAAAAGUUAUAAAGACAAACCGGACGAAUAUGAAACGAGAUUUGCACAUUUUGUGUCAUCAAUGCAAGAAAUUGAAGAGUUGAAUGCGGCAUCAAGGGGUCCAGAUGAGCACAAAGCUAAAUUCGGUCUAACAAGACUAUCUGACAUGUCCAAACUUGAAUACAAACAACUACAUUUAUCUGAUGAACAAAUAGAGAAGUCACCACGGUACAAAUAUGGUAAAAGUUGGCGUAACUCUGAUAGCAGUUCAUGGAAUGGUGGUAACAUUGCAUACAAUGUUGAUGAUCCUAAUGUCGAUCAUCAAAGGAACAGGAUUCCAAACAGCAAUGAACCACAUAAUAAUAUUUACAUCAUAAUCAGAAAGAAACGUGCUGCAUUGCCAAUGAAAGUUGAUUGGAGGACCAAAGGUGUAAUAGGUCCAGUGAAAGACCAAGGUCUGUGCGGGGCGUGCUGGGCUUUCAGUACCGUGGGAACCAUGGAAGCGAUGCGCGCCAUCAAUACUGGAACUCUGGAAACGCUUAGUGUGCAGGAAGUGAUAGACUGCGCCGGGCUGGGCAAUAGCGGUUGUGCUGGUGGCGACAUCUGUCUCUUACUAGACUGGCUGACUCUUACCAAAACAGCAGUGGAGAAGGAGAAAGACUAUCCGUUGAAGCUGACCAAUGGCGCGUGCAAGGUCGCCAAGAACGCUACAGGAGUAAAAGUGUCUACGUUUAGUUGUGAUGAGUUUGUAGGUAAAGAGGAGAAGAUCAUUGAAGCUAUAGCGAUGCAUGGGCCCGUGACUGUGGCGGUUAACGCUCUGACCUGGCAGAACUACUUGGGUGGAGUGAUUCAGUACCAUUGCAGUGGAGACCCAGUGAACCUGAAUCACGCAGUACAGCUGGUAGGAUAUGACCUGACUGCUGAAAUACCUUAUUACAUAGCCAAGAACUCGUGGGGCAGUGACUUUGGCAAUGGCGGGUAUUUGCAAUUGGCAAUUGGAUCCAACAUUUGCGGUCUGGCAAACGAAGUCGCUACGAUCGAUGUAUUUGUUAUUGUCCUGCAAGUGUCCAGUCCACACGAAUAUAUCGGAUACAAAAUGUUCUCAAAAUGUAUAAUUUCGAUUAUUUUUUCGGCUUGCCUGUACUUUAUUGUAACAUCAAGUAGUCACUAUAUGAACUAUUUGAUCAUAUCUGGAUGGGACAAUGCAACGAUACCUGUAGAAAGGUCUAGAAUAUUCGAUAUGUAUUUGAAGAAAUUCAAUAAAAGUUACGGUUAUGACGAGUAUCCGACAAGAUUGGCGAUUUUUAGGGAAUCGAUGAAAGAAAUAGCGCGGUUGAACGGCGUAACAGGCGCUCGACAUGGCUGGACGAAAUUCACAGAUAUGUCCGAAGAAGAAUUGUCGCAGUUUUUAUUAAGUCCAAGAAGCGAUCCGGGCUGUGCGAGCAGUUAUGAAGUCUGUACGUCAAAUGUGAAUGAAACAAUUAUUCCGAAAAAUAUAUCGCAAAAAGUUGAUUGGCGCACGAAGGGUGCGGUUGGACCUGUUUUAGAUCAGUUAAGAUGUGGUUGCUGUUGGGCCAUGAGUAUCGUGGGGACUAUGGAGUCCAUGGCAGUCAUCAGAGGAUACGGGUAUCAGCAACUUAGCGUUCAGGAAUUGAUGGAUUGUUCGACGUAUAAUAAGGGAUGUGAGGGCGGUGACAUGACAGCUUUGUACUAUUUAUGCAAACACGAACUGGCACUCGCCACCGAAGAUCAAUAUCCAUUAAUGUUAAUUGACGGUGAAUGUAAGAGUUAUAAGUACAAGGGAGGAAGAAGGCUUAAGAGUUACCGAGUUACAUGUGACAUGGACGAAGACUAUUUACUACGCGUGAUAGAACACCAUGGUCCCGUGAUUGUUGUGGUGAACGCGACGCCGUUGAUGAAUUACAUCGAGGGGAUCAUCCAAAGAGCAUGUUUCCGUAGUCAUGAUGGAUUGUCUAGAAACCACAUGGUUCAGAUAGUCGGUUUCGAUUUAACAGGCAGUGUACCUUAUUAUAUUGUAAAGAAUACCUGGGGCCCCUUAUACGGAGAAGAGGGAUACGUGAAGUUGGCAACAAAUCGGAAUAUGUGCGGACUGGCGGAGGAAGUGGCAUAUUUAGAUGUCUUUUAAAAUAUUAUUUAAAGAUGAUUUUUUUUGUAAAUACUCAAAAAAAUUGAAAUUUCUUGUAUCGA